AUGUGCCUGGAGGGCGGCUACGGCGUCUGCGGCUGCCUGACGCUGUUGAAUAGCUGCGCGCAGCUGGAGAGUACGGCGGAGGGGCUGGGCAGCAAGAGCAGCGGCUAUCAUCCCAUACAGAAGCGUCUGGCCAAGCUGAAUGGCACCCAAUGUGGCUACUGCUCGCCGGGUUUUGUGUACGGUCUGCUGGAAGCGCAGGGGGGACAAGUGAGCAUGGCCGACGUGGAGAAUGCAUUUGGCGGCAACAUUUGCCGCUGCACCGGCUACCGGCCCAUACUGGAUGCCAUGAAGUCCUUUGCCGUAGACAGCUGUAUUAAGCUGCCGACGGAGUGCAUUCCGGCCCAGUGGCAUUGGCCACAGUCCUUAAGCCAACUAUUCGAGGCCCUGGACCAGGUGGGCGAAUAGGAGCAGUUUAUGCCUUUCGCGGGCAACACAGCACAUGGCGUCUGAACAAUUAUCAUAUUUAUGGACUGGCGCUGACCGAAAUCGAGUUGGACGUGCUCACGGGCAACAAUCAGAUCAAGCGCGUCGAUCUGCUGGAGGAUGCCGGCGAGUGCCUCAGUCCCAACAUUGAAAUUGGCCAGAUCGAGGAGGCAUUCGUCAUUCGGCUCAAGUGAAGCAUAAUACAGUUGUUUUGUGUGAGCAUAUUCAGAGGAGGGCAAAUAUAUAAAUUGCACAUACAUACAUACACGUAUAUAUGUAAGUAGUUCGGUUGUCUUCAUAUCUGAUAAAUUUAUUUAUACAUACUAAAAUAUGUAUGCAUGCAAAUAUACCUAUCUUCAUUCAUUUAAAAAUUGAUAAUGAAUUUAAGGAGACUUCUCAGAACUCCAUAUAUACAUACAGACAUAUGUACAUAUUUAUAUGUACCCUUGAACAGUAUUUGCAAAAGUACUG